AUGUCCGGACGCGCGCACGGUGAUCUGCCCAUUCGAGGCGGCCGUGGCGGUGGUGAUCGUGGCUCUAGUAGCCGUGGAAGUGACCGCGGUUACAGCGGCGAUCGUGGGCGUGGAAAUGACCGUGGUAGCAGUCGUGGAGGUCGUGGCGGAUCCGAACCGCCCUCCGGAAUGUUGACAGACCCGGUUGAAGCCCCUAGCACUCGAGUCCAGACCUUAGAGGACCGGUAUGUUGCAGAGUCUACAAAGGCUCGACCAGAGCCCGGCACUUUGGCUCGGCGUCCUGGCUACGGUACCCAAGGUCGUUCAACUGUGCUUCGUGCUAACUUCUUCCCUAUGGAGUUCAAGCCGAACAUCAAGUUUCAUUCCUAUCGCCUCAAGAUCAAGCCUGAGGCGAAGAAAGCGCAGCAAAUGUUCAUUCUUCAGACCAUGUUCCGCAAGUACCCUCUCUUUAACAAAGGAAUCGGCAUUGCCACUGAUGGGGCCACUGAGAUUGUUACAACCGAGCUGCUUCCUGAGAAUCGAGCGCCAUUCAUUUGUUCCAUGGGCAACGGAAGUGAGCAUGGAAGUGGCCAUGGAAGUGGGAAAUCGAAAGCCUACACCGGCCCUUGGGAGAUCACUUUGACCUUUGAAAGCUCUUAUUCCCCAGCUGACAUGAUGACGUGUCUUGAGGACGUUAAUCACCGAAGGGAACUUGAGAAUGAAGCGCCCUGUCUCCGAGUACUGAAUAUCCUCAUGAGUGCUUAUCCCUACAAAGAUACCAGCAUUGUCAUCAUUGGGAAGGGACGAAACAAAUUCUUCCGGAUGGAUAAGCGAAAGCAGUCAAUGGAGAUAAGGGGUGGCGCCGAAGCCGCUCGUGGUUACUACUCAAGUGUGCGUCUUGGUGCUGGACGAAUUUUCCUCAAUCUGAAUGUCAGUCACGGCGCAUUCUUCAACCCGGGUUCGCUGGUUGCUAUAAUCAAUGCCUUUCACGAAAUUUACAAGGACGACCGGAAACUUCUAGACCGGUGGCUGAGGGGUUUGAAAGUUCACGCAUCGCAUCUGGAUGCUCGAGAGAAUGGCCAUGGGGUGAAGGAAAAACCUGUGAGAACAAUCUUCGGAGUUGCCAAUCCUAGGGAUGGACGCAAUAGCCCUAACCCUCCACGGGUUAAACAAGUUGCAUCCAGUGCCGACAACGUGCAGUUCUGGAUGGGAGAUGAGAAGAAGGGAAAAUACGUGACUGUUACCGAAUACUUUUUCAGAACUUACAAUAAGAAACUCAAACACAGCGGUGAUUUGCCGAUCGUGAACGUUGGAAACUUUGAUCGUCCGGUUUACCUUCCUGCGGAGCUUUGUGAAGUCAUCCCCGGGCAACCCUUCAAGCCAGAGCUAUCCAUGGUCCAACGACAGAACAUGAUCAAGUUCAGUUGCCGGCGACCUCCUCAGAACUAUGCCUCCAUUAUGACCGAGGGAUUGGACAUUCUUUGGAUCUCUGAAGGACAUACCAAGGCGGUAGGCAUCAAGCCCGGCAAGGAGAUGCUCACUGUACCUGCACGCAUUUUGAACCCUCCAAAUCUGCUUUAUGGCGGCAAGAAGACCACUAACCCUCGAAAUGGCUCGUGGAAUUUGAUCGGCACCAAGUUCUCCCAGGGUGCCAACAUCAAAAAAUGGACCUGUCUUUGGAUUCGGAAGCGAGGUGAUGAUAAAGCGAAGCUCAAAAAUCCUGAGCCUGAGAUGGAUGCAUUUUACAGAAAAUUGCGCGAUCAUGGCCUGUCGCUGCCGGCGCCCUCUAAGCCGUAUCUUCAAGUCCUCAUCGGUUCGGAUGAUAGAGAAAAUCGAGACAUGAUCAAGGAGGCGUUCAAAAAGAUCAUGAAAGAGUUUCCCUUCUUGAUUGUUUUGCUUCCCACCACAGAAGGCAAAAUCUUUGAUUACAUCAAAUAUGCCGGAGAUCUUAAGACUGGCGUCCUUACACAUUGCAUGCUAGGCGAUAAGUUUGCAGGUGCCAAUGAGCAGUAUUUGAGCAACAACGCCAUGAAGGUCAAUCUUAAGAUGGGAGGAUGUAAUCAACUCCUGCAGCCGGCUAACGCACGCUUCAUUGGCGCAGCAAAGAACACCAUGGUCGUCGGCUUAGAUGUCACUCAUCCGUCCAGCACAGAUCCCGAAGUCUUCCCCAGUGUUGCUGCCAUCGUUGCCUCCACUGAUCAUCGCAUGGGACAAUGGCCCGGUGAAGUUCGAGCCCAGACGCGCCGCCAAGAGCACGUUGAAUUCCUUAAGGAGAUGAUGCUUACCCGGCUGGCUUUGUGGCAAAAGAGCAACAAUGGCAACUUGCCCCAGAACAUUCUCGUGUACCGCGAUGGCGUUAGCGAUGGUCAAUUCAACAUGGUCCUUACAGAGGAGCUUCCAAAGGUUCAAGCUGCUGCCAAAGCGGUAUACCGUGGAACCAUGCCCAACAUCACCAUCGUUGUCUGUGGAAAGCGCCACAAUGUGCGCUUCUACCCUACCAAUCCGAAGGACCAAGAUCGAACAUCCAACCCACUCAACGGAUGCGUCGUUGACCGUGGAAUCACCCGCCCUAUCUACUGGGACUUCUAUCUGCAAGCCCAGGCUCCUCUCCAGGGUUCCGCUCGUCCAGCCCAUUACAUUGUCAUUUACGACGAAAUUUUCACUAACUCGAAGGUCAAUUUGGACCGCAAGCCUGCUGACGUGCUGCAAGAACUUACCCACAACAUCUGCUACCUGAUGGGCCGGGCUACUCGCUCGAUCAGUUACAGCACUCCUGCCUUCUUGGCCGAUAGGUUCUGUGAUCGUGGCCGAAAGUACCUGUUGGCUUACUACUAUGAGAACGAUCAGAUGGUCCAAAAUGAGGAUAAAUUCAAAGGUGCUACCUUGAAUAUGGCCAGUGCAUGCCAGAACAGCAUGGUCUAUAUCUAA